GGCUGCGGGGGCUGCUCUUCGGGUCUUUUCCCCCCAGCCAAGCUUCGCCAGAUUCCCGGGAGCUGCUGUCUGGCUCCUGGGCUUGUGGCUGCGGAUCCCGCCAGACUCGCACUCCUCACAAAGCUCCGGGACCCCCAUCACCCCCGCGUUCUCCGCCCACCAGGCUGGGGUCGCAGACCCCCCAGUCGCCUCCCCCUCGUCUACUGCAGCUCCUGCGUCUCCAGUUCCUAAGACAAGAUGCCGUCGGGCUUCCAACAGAUCGGCUCUGAAGAUGGGGAGCCUCCUCGGCAGCGAGUCACUGGGACCUUGGUCCUUGCCGUAUUCUCCGCUGUUCUUGGCUCCCUGCAGUUUGGCUACAACAUUGGGGUCAUCAAUGCCCCCCAGAAGGUGAUUGAACAGAGCUACAAUGAGACCUGGCUGGGGAGGCAGGGGCCUGAGGGACCCGGCUCCAUCCCACCAGGCACACUCACCACCCUCUGGGCUCUCUCCGUGGCCAUCUUCUCUGUGGGUGGCAUGAUCUCAUCCUUCCUGAUUGGCAUCAUCUCUCAGUGGCUGGGAAGGAAGAGGGCCAUGCUGUUCAACAACGCCCUGGCAGUGCUGGGGGGCACCCUCAUGGGCCUGGCCAAGGCAGCUGCCUCCUACGAGAUGCUCAUUCUUGGACGGUUCUUCAUUGGCGCCUACUCAGGGCUGACGUCGGGGCUGGUACCCAUGUACGUGGGGGAGAUUGCCCCUACUCACCUGCGGGGCGCCCUGGGGACACUCAAUCAACUAGCCAUCGUCACUGGCAUCCUAAUCGCUCAGGUGCUAGGUUUGGAGUCCAUGCUGGGCACAGCCACCUUAUGGCCACUCCUCCUGGGCAUCACCGUGCUGCCUGCCCUCCUGCAGAUGGUCCUGCUGCCCCUCUGCCCAGAAAGCCCCCGCUACCUCUACAUCAUCCGGAACCUGGAGGGGCCUGCCAGAAAGAGUCUGAAGCGCCUGACGGGCUGGGCCGAUGUGUCUGAGGUAUUGGCUGAGCUGAAGGAGGAGAAGCGGAAGCUGGAGCGUGAGCGGCCCCUGUCCUUGCUCCAGCUCCUGGGCAGCCACACCCAUCGGCAGCCCCUCGUCAUCGCCAUUGUGCUGCAGCUGAGCCAGCAGCUGUCAGGCAUCAAUGCGGUUUUCUAUUAUUCAACCAGCAUCUUUGAGUCAGCGGGGGUAGAGAAACCAGCCUAUGCCACCAUUGGAGCCGGUGUGGUCAACACAGUCUUCACCUUAGUCUCGGUGUUCUUGGUGGAACGGGCUGGGCGCCGGACCCUCCAUCUCCUGGGCCUGGCAGGCAUGUGUGGCUGCGCCAUCUUGAUGACUGUGGCUCUGCUUCUGCUGGAGCGGGUUCCAGCCAUGAGCUAUGUCUCCAUUGUGGCCAUCUUUGGCUUCGUGGCCUUCUUUGAAAUUGGCCCUGGCCCCAUCCCCUGGUUCAUCGUGGCUGAGCUCUUCAGCCAGGGACCCCGCCCAGCGGCCAUGGCAGUGGCUGGGUUCUCCAACUGGACAUGCAACUUCAUCAUCGGCAUGGGUUUCCAGUAUGUGGCGGAUGCUAUGGGUCCCUACGUCUUUCUUCUAUUCGCGGUCCUCCUGCUUGGCUUCUUCAUCUUCACCUUCUUAAAAGUGCCUGAAACCCGUGGCAGGACGUUUGACCAGAUCUCAGCCGUUUUCCACCGGACACCUUCUCUUCUGGAGCAGGAAGUGAAACCCAGCACAGAACUGGAGUACUUAGGGCCAGAUGAGCAUGACUGAGGGUCACACAGGGGUGGGAGAGCCAGUUCUCUCCACUUGCCCAGAGACCCCCCUCCUUUCCUCUGCAGCACUUUAACCCUCUCUUCCCCAUUACUUCCAGGGCAGAGAAAACCCCUGCAGCCUGGUGGGAUUGGGAAGCUGGAGGGAAGGGUGGUCUGAGCACCCCCUUAUUCCCCUCGUGUGACUUCUUGGAUUAUUUGUGUUGUGGUUAGGCAGUGGCUGUGGGGUGGGUCAAUCUCCCCUCCAUCUCCUCCUUCUUCAGUAGCCAUCCCCACCCCUCCUCAGCUCCAGAAUACUUGUGCCCUGGCUAGUGAAGGGGGUUUACAGGGAGGAGAGACUCUAGGACUGACUUUCCAGUGGGGGUGAACCAAAGCCGAGAGCAGGACAGAAGCGAGAUCCAGUUCCUGCCACCUUGGACUCCUCCCCCUCUGGCACUUCCUCGGAAUUCUUGCCACAGACUCUGGGUGAAAGGGGAGGGGGGUCUGUCUGUCCCCUCCAGGGCAAAGGACACACCCCCUUCCCAAGAUCUAAUCUCACUUCUCACACAGCAGGCUCAGUCCUCUUGCUCAGCCUUCCAGGGUGAGAGGAACACGCAUCCAUCCAUGGGGAGAGGGACAGUGGGCUCCUCUCUAGACUCAGGGUUCUGGGCUCCACCCCCGCUGCUCCCCAAGGCUGCCAGGUGGGGGCCCCAGCUCUUCCCUCCUCUCCCAUCCUGGGAGGGUAUUAUACCCACAGGCUUUUGACCAACUAAGGGCAAGAGGGAUUUGAAAGGCUGCCUGUAAACACUGGGCUGGGAGGAGCCUUCAGAUAUUUUUGUAUAUGUUUGAAAAAGCAGGGGCAGGGAGAAGAAACUGAAGGUCUGUUGUACUAAAUGUAUAUAUAGAGAGAUCCGUAUAUAAAGUUACUGUAUGAGAUAUGCAUCCUGUCGUGUGGAGGCACUCCAAGACGGGCUGAGACCCAGGCCACAGCCUCCCCACCCCUGCCUCUUCUCCAUCCUGCCUCAGUUCCAGGCCACAGAAUCCUCUGGACUGGACGCUGUCACUCAUGCCUCCACUUAAGAUCUGGAAUCAUUGCCUUUGUUAACAGUAGUAAAGCCUCAGUAAGUUGAUGCUGCAGGUGCCAGACCCUGCUCUUGGCAGUUCAGGAAUCACUCAUUCUACCAGGGAGGCAACAGUCCCAUUUCACAGAUGGGAAAAGUCAGUGUCCCAGGGAUGAAGGCACUUCUGCAGAGCUGCACAGCUAGAACCGUGGGAACAAGGAUCCAAGAGUAGGCCCUGCCUACGAACCCCUCUCCCUCCUGCCACCGUCAACAGAGCAUUACCAGCAAGGCUCUGAAGAGAAAAGAGGCAGAGACCAAGACAACAGGAAAGCCCGUUUUUGUUUUUACUGGAGGCUCAGGUGGCACACGACAGUUCAUAAAAUGGCUUCAGAGGUAGGGGGAGCAGGGAAACAAAAAAUAAACUGGGAUGGGAAAGAAAAACAACCAGGAGGAGGGAAGAGCUGGCUGGUUCCUUCUCAGCCUGAUUUAGGGGAGGGAGUUGAUGCCUCUGAACAAUAAGGAUGGAUCCCUUCCUUCAACCCUUGGUAAGGGAGAAAGGAAAAAAAAAAAAAAAGCAAAAGGCUGUUGCUUUGGCCCUCCUGAGUCUCAAGGAAUGGGGGGAAAAGCCGGUGUUUUGAUGUCACAAAUUAUGGGAAAGAGGGGAGGGAG